CUCUGUUGCUGUUCCUGCUGCGUAGACCUUUGCAGCUGCUGUAGUUUAAGUAGCCUUUGGCUGGCCUCUUCACGUGCUUCACUCACACUCGCACCGACACACCAAGCUUCUUGUAGUCGUAGCUCCUGAGGUCUCACUUGUGAGAGAGGACACGGCGGUUCAGAACAGAUGGCUGCUGCAUCUGCGUGCCAACCGUUUCAAGAAGGAGAGCAGCACCUGCCACUGCGCCAUGGUGGUUCUGUUCUUCCUCCAGUGAACAGAGGCACGGCUCUGCCUCUGCGACAGGCCAGCUCGGUGCCGCCUCCGGACGCGCGGGAGCUGCUUCCGCCGCCGUCGUCGUCGGGGAGGAGCGCGACGGAGGCGCGUGCCCUGAAGGUCCACAGCGAGGCCGAGAGGCGGCGGCGGGAGAGGAUCAACGCCCAUCUCGCUGCACUGAGGAGGAUGAUCCCUGAUGCUAGGCAGAUGGACAAGGCCACCUUGCUGGCCCGGGUGGUUUGCCAGCUGAAGGACCUGAAGAGGAAAGCCGCCGAAACCAGACAGCCUCAGCCCAUCCCUGCCGAGGCCAACGGCAUCACCGUCGACUGCUACACGGCCGGCGCCGCCGCCGGCGGCUACGGGAGGCCGGCGACGUACAUCAGGGCCUGCGUCAGCUGCGACGACCGGCCGGGGCUCCUCGCCGACCUCGCCGGAGCGUUCCGUGGCCUGAGGCUGAGGCCGACGAGAGCAGACAUGGCCUCCCUCGGAGGCAGGGCACGGUGUGAGUUCAUGCUGUGCAGGGAGGAGGGCGAUGUGGGGAGCGCCGGCCGCGUGAAGGCUCUGGAGGCCGGUGUCCGGCAGGCGCUGACCUGUGUUGCGUUCCCGGAGACGGCGUACGGAUGCAACUAUAGGAGCAGGAGGCAGAGGGUUUUGGAAUCGCAUUAUGCACUUGGUCAUGAACUCGGCGUAGGUGAUCACCGUGGCUGGUAAAUUUGGAGACCAAGUUAGAGAUGAAUGUAGUCUUUUUUUUUUGAAACGAGAUGAAUGUAGUCACUUUCAAUGAAUCCUACGCGCAAGAGUUUGUUAGACUUGAGCAAAAUUAAACAAAUUUGGUUUAAAACAUAACUAAAGUAACCCAUAAUUGCUACUUUUGUAUCGAUACUACUAUUUUUUUCUAGUCUGCGUGCAAUGGCCAAUGGGUAGGCAUGAACAUUCAUCGCAAAACAGUGGAAGCAUCACAUUAUUUUGCAUAUGUUGUCUUUGUAAAUAAAUGUGGUUCUCAGAUCAUGAUCUAACGGUCAUAUCUGU